CGCUACCAUCCAUGAGCAGCUGAAGAGAACACGACGCCUAACGUUACUCACAUUUUUAAGAAACACUAUAUAUUAUUAUUAUUAAUAAUAAUAAAUUAUGACCAUGCUUAUGACUGCAUACGGCAAGAACGCUGAAUGUAUCUGAUACAAUGUUUCACAGAUCUGCAGGAGGUUUUAUAAUGUUCGUUGGACCAUAAUAUGUGAAAUGUGUAGAAAGAUCCGUGUCUCUUCUCCGGAGCCUGGUCACAUGCGCGCUCGGGAAUAAUGGCUGCACAGGAACCCUCACCACCAUCUUCAUUAGAAGGCAACAAACCUGGCUUCCCCAAGAAAAUACUCGCCAACAAGCUGGAGGACAAGCAUCUGUGCAAUAUCUGUCUGAAAAUCCUUAGGAGACCGUUUCAGGCGCAGUGCGGACAUCGUUUCUGUUCUUAUUGUUUUAAUAAAGCAGUGAGCUCCGGACCACAGAAAUGCAGUGCCUGUAUAAAGGAGGACAUAUUUGAAGAACCAACAUCAAUAUUGAAACAGGGCUGUGCUUUUCCUGACAAUGCUGCCAAAAGAGAAGUAGAAGCUCUUGAAGCUGUUUGCAUCAAUGAGGAAUGCAGCUGGACCGGCACCAUCAAAGAAUAUGAGGCAAACCACGAGGGAAAGUGUGACUUCAGGAUCCUUCCCUGCCCAUCAUGCAAAGAGCUUCUGAGAGCCAAUGAACUUGAACGUCACAAUGAGAGAGAAUGCCCAGAAAGGACUCUUAAUUGUAAAUACUGCAAGGAGCCAUUUCAUUUUAAAAACAUUAAGGCCCAUGAUGAGAUAUGCCCUAAAUAUCCAAUGAUAUGUGAAGGCUGUGCCAAGAAAAAAAUCCCCAGAGAGAAAUACGUGGACCACAUUAAACUGUGCACCAAAUUCAGAACACCUUGCAGAUUUCACGUCGUAGGCUGUGAUAUGACGGUGGAAAAGGAGAAGAUCCACGAUCAUGAGCAAGCCUGUUCCUACGAGCACUUAAACCUCCUCUUGCACUUCAUCAUGGGAAUCAAGGUGAACUUGGAGAGUCUGCAGCCUCAGAGUCUGGAGCUGGCCAGCCAUAAGAUCCACGAGCUGCAUCAGUCUCUGCGGGAGCUGGAGCUAAAGAUGGGCCAGCUGAGUGGAGCAGGGGCUCCCGUGCAGGGGGCCUGUGCGCCGCUGCCACCACCUCCGGCCCCGACGCUGGGUACAUCUUUCACCCCGCUGCCUACAGCCGUCGGGGCAGCCUUGGAGCUGCAGCUACACAGUGAGAAGACCAAAGUGGUAGAGCUCAGCCGUCGCUGUCAGGAGCUGGAGCUGAAGGUAAGCACCUUUGAGAACAUCGUCUGUGUGCUCAACCGUGAGAUGGAGCGCUCUGCCACCACCAUGGAGGCCUAUAACCGUCAGCACCGGCUUGACCAGGACAAGAUUGAGAUACUCAACAACAAGAUUUUUAUGCAGGUACGGCAGUUGGAGAGGACAGUUGGCCUUAGGGAUCUCUCCAUCGUGGAGAUGGAGGCAAAGAUGAGGGAGAUGUCUGCUGCCACUUAUGACGGUGUAUUUGUGUGGAAGAUCUCUGACUUCUCGAAAAAGAGACAAGAUGCUGUGGCCGGACGGGCACCUGCUAUGUUCUCACCUGCUUUUUACACAAGCAAAUAUGGCUAUAAGAUGUGUUUGCGCAUCUAUCUGAAUGGGGAUGGGACGGGACGGGGUACUCACUUGUCUCUGUUCUUCGUGGUGAUGAGGGGACACAGUGAUGCCUUGCUUAAGUGGCCUUUCAAUCAGAAGGUCACCCUCAUGUUGCUGGAUCAGAACAACAGGGAGCACAUCAUCGAUGCCUUCCGGCCAGACAUUUCCUCUUCCUCCUUCCAGAGGCCUGUGAGUGACAUGAACAUUGCCAGCGGCUGCCCUCUCUUCUGCCCUCUCUCCAAACUAGACUCCAAGAACUCCUACAUCCGAGAUGAUACCAUCUUCAUCAAGGCCAUCGUUGACCUCACAGGCCUUUAAGGUGUCAGAUGCCGCUGCUCCGCCAUGCUCCUCCUCUCUCCAGCCUGUAGUGGUUCCCGUGCAGUACUUUUUUUCCUGAGGCCUGUUCCCUCGGUCCGAGCUCUUUGCCGUGCUCGUGUGAGCCCAAAGAGACUACGGUACCCAGUGCAAUACUGCGCUGGGCGCGACACCACUCUGCAUUAUGUACCAAAAUCGUUCCCAGAGUUUGUGCAGUUCUACUGUAAUAUAGUUGCCCUUUGGGAACCUCUCACUCUCUUGUAGUGGGAUAGCUGUCAGCUGUGAUUGUAACGUAACUACUUGCCUGUGCCAUAGACGUGGCACCUUGCCUUUUAUAGAGAUUGAGAAGACUUUCUCCACAAGACAGACGUCAUUUCAUUUCCAAGCGCUUGGCUUGUGUCGCACUCACUAUUUAGGUACUUUUUUGCUUUCCUUAGUGUUUGAGCUACUUGUAAGUGAAUGUUUCGUGCGUAGACGGACACGGAGUCACACUAACGAAUGAUGUCUGACAUUCCCUUUGAGCAUCGUGUGCCUCGAAUGUUUCUCGUUUUCAUUGGCUCUCUGUAGUGGUGGACAUUGCUUGAAUUUAAAGUGCAGAAUUUGGGUUUUGAUAACCUGCUUGUGAGCUGAGGAGUUUGUUGUGUGUGUGUGUGUGUGUGUGUGUGCGCGUGUGAAGGUGUGAUCUGUUUUUUGGCCUUCGUUUCCAUUUUCGGUGUUCUUUGAUGUAUUAGUUUGCAUGUUGGAUCUGUGGAAGAUACAUUCAAGUUAGCAGCAGACCAGGUUUACACCCUGAGCCUGAGAAGUGAGGGCAGUUUCAUUGUAAAAUCGCUGUCGAACGAAAACAACCACAUCAUGCUGGUGUUAAAACCAUCCAGUUUUCCUUUGGACCUCAAAUGCCUCUUCAGCCGACGUGGUUAUACGCGAAUAAAAGAUGCAGCCUUUAGCCUAAAGGUAGUGUAAGUAGGACAGGUAAUCUCGUGUGCUUUAUUGUGACGUGGAAAGGCUGAUGUUUGUUAGCAUUUUGAUGUUUUCUUGUGUUUUUGGGUGUUCCGUUGAUAUUGUGCUGCUUUGGGCAAACAUUAUGGAUGCCAUUAAAACUAUAUGACUUGCUUUGGACCGUGUCGAUCAGUAUAAACCAAGCAGGUGUUUGAGAACUCGUAGUCAGUGAUUCCUGUCGUCUUUUUCCCAGAAAGACUGUGGGGUUUGCAUUCUGUAAAUGUGCUAGAAAAUGAGGAAUGUGAUUUGUUAUGCCAUUUUGAAGUAGCCUCAGUCCUUAAUAGACAGUCAGUUCAAAUGCAUUUAGUCCGUGGGAUUUCUUUUGGUUUAUUUGCAACCAGAGAAGGCAUUACUAUACAUAUACAAUGCAUAACUCCUACAUAAGGGCUUUUAGUAUACAGUACGUCUUCCAUGUGAGCUUUUUGGUCUGGUUAUUUUCUCAAACCGAGUCUGAGAUGCUUUUUUUAAGAUGCCUUCACGCUAACAAAGCACCUGGACCCAGCCUAUUUUCAAACCAGUUCCCACAGAUAUCGAAACCUCUCUGUGCAUGAGAUGUUUUGAUAGAGAAGAAGAAGAAGAAAAAAAUACAUAUCGUAAUUUAUUGGUUUACUUUGUAGACCAACAUUUUAUUUGUAUUGCUUUACAUUUUUUUUAUCUGUUGAUUGAGAUGCAGUAUAUGACGGUUAUAAAUGUGAGUGUGGUAUAUUGUUAAUUUAAGUAUAAAUAGAUAACCUAUACGGCGUACACGGUUUUUACGACUGAUGUAGCUGUGGAUAUAACAAAUAUGAAUCAUAAAUAUAUAUAUAUAUAUCAUAGAUUUAUAUCGAUAAUACAUGUACUAUUUCCUGUUGGGAUGGUUUCAAAAUGUGUUCGGGCUCUUUUUGGGCUUUGGUAAGUUCUCCUUCACUUUGGCAGCAUCCCUUGAGGGAAUGAGAUUCUGAAAGAUCUUCCGGUUUUUCCUCUCUCUCUCAAGAACCUGUCUACAUGAAUAAAUCUCACCGUCGUAGAUUUCCUUGCUUGCUUUUUGCCCCAAUGAGAUUUCAAAGUACUUGUGUGAAUAGCUCUACAGAUGUGAUGUGCCUCUGUAGCAUAACCGCUUCUAUACAAAUGUUCUCUAUACAUAGCUUUAGCUAACAUUGCAUGUGGCCAGAGUGUUGUAUUGUAAAUCAUAUAAUAUUCUUUAAGAGUUUCGGAAAACACUUUUUAGUUUUGCCUAUUAUUUGGAGUAGAUAUCACAUGAUUUACUAGUAGUAGUGCACACAUUUUAGCUUGUGCAAUUAUACAAGUGUCCUUCCUGUUCUUGAGUGUGAAAUCUACUGUUUGCAUUCACUCGAUCUGGGCUCAUGUUCAUACGCUGAAGAGGUGAAUAGGUGAAAUGCUUGACCUAACGUGGGUGAGAGCCCCCUUUAUCUGUAAGAAAUAAUGUUGACUCUGACUCUGACUUGCGUUUUAUUUUUGGAUAAGCAUACACUUACACUAGAAAUAUGCUAUUUUUUAAGUUUUUGCAUACCGUUGAGAUUAAAACUCGCAGAACUAAUAAUUUAUGGAAUCCAGGACUGAUUUUUUUCUUCUUCAGCUGACUAAGAUUUGUAUACUUUUUAUUUCUGAGGUUGCAUUUCAUAGAGGUUGCUUUAAUAAUCAGACUUUCUACAUAACUUUGUAUGCCUUUCUCAUGGUGUCUCAGUGCCACUGAUCUUCCCGAUUCUGUUUUACAGAGCUAGAGAUGUUACUGUGAAGGCACUGUAGGUUUCUUCCGCAAAUUGUGGUGAUCAAUGUGCCAAGGAAGGAACCUCUGUGUGAUUCAUCUUGUGUUAUGAUUUAAUUCUCAGUGAAAUCUAAAAUAAAGGCUUUUCUGUUCUCCUUUCUCCA